ACCUUGAAGGGAGCAGCAGCCUUCUUGUUGCAUUCAUUGCGUGACCUGUCUGUCACCGGCGGCAAUGUAAUUUACCACAGAUUAAACAUUAAUAGAACUAUGCAGUGGCCUGUUUAAGUGUUGUUUUUUCCAGGUAACGACCAACGACACAAGCGGUGGAAUAGCAGGUUUCUAGCUGCUCUGCUACAUGAGGAGGAGCACCAAACGCUACUUAGCUACACAGUUAGCAUCUUAGCAGCUGCUCCGGGUUCCUAAAGGUGUCAUCAAGAACCACUUAACGUUACAGAAUAUAUACACAGUCUGUGGUACUACAGAGAUCAGCAACAUGACCUCAGCUUCCACUAAAGUAGGUGAGAUCUUCUCUGCAGCUGGUGCUGCCUUCACCAAACUGGGAGAGCUCACCAUGCAGCUUCACCCAGUGGUAGACUCCAGUCCUGCAGGUUCCCAUGUUCCCCCCAGUGGUCCGACAAAGAGCACAGUGAAGAGGAAGCUGUAUGAAGAUGGAACUGUGCCCGCUUCCUCCGACGGGUCUAAGAAGGUCGUCAAGAAAGCCACUGCUACUGUUGCCAUGGUAACACCAGGCACUCCAACCGUCAUCUCUGUGCCCACAGCCCAGGUUGUCGUGGCAUCAGGAAUACAGGGUUCCACCUCCACCCAGCCCCCCCUGAAGAAACAGAAGACUGCAGAUGUGACCCUCAGUGCUCUGAAUGACUCAGAUGUUAACAGUGAUCUUGUGGACAUCGAGGGACUGGGUGAAGGAUCUAACUCCAAAAAGCUCAACAACUUUGAUCAAGAUAACCUGAACCUGGACUCAAGCCUCAUUAUGAAUCCCAGUGACCUUGCUCUGCUUUCCCGUUGACCUUUCAACUUCCUGUGGACUUCAUAGAAAUGAUGGACAAAACUAUGAAAAUAAUACCAACGUUGUAAUAAAGUGGUUUGAGCCAGAUGAUGCUGACUACCCACUUUAGAGUAAUAUACUAGCACUGCAUAUUGUGGUGUAUCAUGCAAGACUCCUCUCCAAUCCAACGCAUCCCUUAUCCGUGAGACCAGCUGGUACUAUCACAAAUGUGUUUGGAUCACUUCAAGUUUUCAUUUGACAUUUUUAUUGUAGACCAUUUCUUCUCUUCCUCUGUGACUUAUGCUUUGUAGGAAUGGCCCGAAAAUCCUCACAUUUGAAAGGAAGAUUAAAUGCAGUGAAGAUCCUGUGUGAGAAACCAGAAAACAAACAGUACAGCAGAGAAAGUCAGCUGCAUGGACAAGAUGAAAUACUCCCCAUCCAGAUGCCCCCAUUUUUCAAAAAGACAGGGAUCAGAAAGCAUAUUUUGGACUGAAAAUGUAAGCAGGAAUGGGUACAGUUAUUUUUAAUGUGAAUUGUCUAAAUCCCCCCCCCCCCCCCCCCCCCCCUCUCUCU